CAAAUCUUCCGUUACUCUCGGUGACUGAUACAGAGUAAGCUCUUAGAAAUUCUUGACUACCUUUUUGGUUCAAUAUAUUGACUACAGGUGCAAUAUUCUGUACUCCGCAAUAAGUUGCACGAAUGUGAUCCUGCCUGCCCUGCUGGGCGGUGAGUUACCCAGCUGCGAUGCCUCAGUGGUGGCUCAACUGAAACAUUGUAAAAGUCAUCAUGAUUUCUCGGUUACAUGCCAUGUAUCAGCGAUCCAGAAAGAUGCUUAUUGUUCUCAUUGCAAUCUUCCUGGCUGUCAACAUCACUUGUGCAGUGAUCGUCGCAUUGAUACUCAGGGAGAUCUCAGGGCAGGCCAUCAUCCUUUCCGGCACCUAUCAGUGCGGUUAUAGCUAUCCGGGAGAUACCGUACUUCUGAUUUCCAUGGUAUGGAUACUCAACACUGUGUGGGAGGUCUUCACACUGUUUUUUGCACUCUGGAUUGCUGUAAAACACCUCCGCGAACUACAACGAUCAUCGACAGGAUGGACCGUCGGGGACUGCUUCACGAUGUUAAUCAAAACUCAUCUAGUUUACUUUGCGAGCUUUGCUGCUGUUUCUUGCCUCCAGCUUGGUUAUCUUUCCCCAACCAUCUUGGAAUCAUCUUCUGUGGCAGUUCAGUUGUAUGGUGGUGCUCUUCAAAUUUUCAAGGUCGUGCAGAUGUUUUUACUUGGGCCACGCCUCAUCCUUAGCGUCCGAGAAUAUCACGCUAAGCUCGUAGCCGACUCUGACUCAGGAACUGCCAUGACUUCAAUUGCCUUCCAGUCGCGCGUACAUAUGUCAACUGGCAGUGGUGUGUAG